ACCAGAGAGAAUAAAUUUGUCAUUUUUGACUAGUUAUAUCAUUGCUUACAGAAUUUCUUUUAGAGCAUUCUUUCCCUGUCUACCAUCCAGCAAUGGGGUCAUCCCUACCCCAACAGCUUGAUCACCUUGUCCCUCAAUUCUUCCAUUUGCAUAUUUGAUCAUUCCCAGCACCUGUUUUCUGCUUCUGAUAUUUCAAGUACCUGAUGGCUAAUUUGGAAGGAGAGGAAUCUUCGACGAUAAGGAGAGCUCGAUUGGGGUGUUCUUGGAUGGAUGGCUUUCUGUUCUUUAAGUUAUGGUUGAAUACUUGAAUGGAACAUGUUCUAAUUUGUUCGACUUUAUUCAAUUCAUGUAAUCCAAGCAGUUCUGGAUUGCUUUGGGUUGCACCCACUUGGUGAUGUUAAUAAAAAUUUCCCUCUCGAAAAAAAAAAAAGGUUCAUUCCCAGGACCACAAUCACAUUUUUUUUCUUCAGAUUAGUCGAAUUCAAACAAAAUACUUUAUACACAGAAACUUCUUCGAUUUGGUCUUUGAAUAUUUGAUAUCAUCUCCUUGUUUUGUAAAUCUUACGUGUUGUGGCAUUUAUAAGAAACUGUCAACGCAGGAAGAUCAAACUUUGUUUCUAUACGUGAAACAAAGCCUUCGUCUAUGUACUAAUGUACCACUACUGUGAAUAACCAACAAAGUAUUAAGCCUGGACAGUUAAUUCUCUCAAGUUAUUGCCCCAUUUUUGUUAGGUACAAGAAAUUCAUGUGGAGUUUGAGCUUCUUGUGUUGCCACGUUUUUAGAUUUUGGUAUGUGAAUCUGGUGGUUGGAAAAGUAAAUGAUAAUUUAGUUACAACUGUUUCUAUCAGAGGGUACAGCCGUAUAAACAAUAACACAUUUAAGUACCUGUUUUCAUCAUCAAUUCAUAAAUGACUUGUCAAUUUUCAAUUUUUCAUGCCAUGUUAUUUGGAUUGUUAGUAUUGCAAUUGAUAUGAGAAUAUUAUGGUAAAUAUUACCUUGGAAAUGUGAAUACUUGUGUAGCAAAGCCUGUAGGAAAUUUACAAGAACAGCUUCUUUUCGAUGUCAAAGUAGUGUUAGCAAGUCUGUCUUUCAAUAAAGCAGUAGUGCAGUACCACCUUUGCUUAUAUACAGUUGCUGCCAUGAUAUCUUCCUGUAGAAAGAGAAGCAUAAAGACUCUAUAAACUCUUAUCUAAUACGUUGUCUUGGUUUUACAAAUAGUGUUUCAUUAUUUUAAAGAAAAGAGAAAAAGAUCCUUUAAAAAGUAAACUACAAUGGUUUCCGUGUCUUCAGGACCCCACCGGUUGCAGAAAAACACGGUGUAUGAGCUAUCAGAUGCUGCAUUAAUUAAAUGGUACAUAUAUAUGGUUGCAUGCAUAUCAUAUGGCCCCAUGUUGUCUCUUAGAAAUUUGAGUUAUGUUUCCCAUUCCCUGCAUCAUCCUGUAUAUAUUUUUGCAUGUUUUUUCUAAUUCAGUGGGCAAAGAGAGGAGCAAAGAUUGUUAGAAGUGUCAAUAGUACCAAAAUGAAAAACAGGGAAGAAAGCAUUAGAAGCUUGGUGAUGCUUAAGCUUUUCAUAAGAAAGCUGCAGCGGGUUCUCGUGCAUUUGGCGUCGAGAGAACAUGAUCUUGAUGAAGAAAUGGAUGCUAGAAUAAUGAUCCCUGAAGAUGUUAAGGAGGGACAUUUUGCAGUUGUUGCAGUUAAUGGUGGAGAGCCUAAAAGGUUUGUGGUUGAGUUGGGGAACCUGAGUAAUCCACAAUUUCUGCGGUUACUGGAGCAGGCUAGAGAGGAAUAUGGAUUUUGUCAAACAGGAGUCCUUGCACUCCCUUGCCAACCUGAGGAACUACAGCGGAUUCUGAAGCAAAAGAGAAGAAUGGUAAGGUCCAUUUAACACUGUUAAAACAGUAGCCCAAGACUUGUCUCAGACAUUGUUAACAAAGUAGAGUUUGGUCUCAAGAAGUUUACAUCUUGCAUCUUUUUGAACAUGACCUCUACCUCUCUUAGGAGAGGUGGUGUUUUCUUUUAGACCAAGGAGAGAGGACUUAAACUUUCCUUUUCGGUUGUUCAAGAACCA